CAUGGGAUCGGGACGCCAGCUUUUCGUACGAACAAUUUACUGUUGACACUCUUUAGUUUGGUUCCAAAAAUUAUCAAUGGUGGUAUCGCAGGUAUCGUGGGCGUGUCCUGUGUUUUUCCCAUCGACUUAGUGAAGACACGCCUUCAGAAUCAACAAAAGGGCGCAAUGAUGUACAAAAAUUUCCUCGACUGCGCACGCAAGGCUUACCAAGCUGAUGGGUUUUUUGGAAUGUAUAAGGGUUCGGGUGUGAACCUUCUUCUUAUUACCCCAGAGAAAGCUAUAAAACUUGUUGGCAAUGAUUUCUUCCGGUAUCAUUUGAAACAGGAUGGAGUGCCCCUUUCGCCUAUUCGCGAAAUGAUAGCUGGUGGAGGUGCUGGUCUUUGCCAAAUCAUCGUCACCACUCCAAUGGAACUUCUAAAAAUCCAAAUGCAGGAUGCCGGUCGAACACGUGGUAAGUUGGAUUCGUACCCAACCGCGUUACCCGAGCCACCUUUCAACACAACUUACCUACGCGUUUAUUCGCUGAUUUUAGUCGCAGUCGCAGCGAAUGCAAAUGUACCGGUUGCCAAGCCCAUGUCGGCGACUCGGUUGGCCCUGGAUCUGGUGCGACAGAAAGGCAUCUUCGGCCUCUACAAGGGCAUGGGCGCCACUGCCCUGCGGGAUGUCACCUUCUCCAUCAUGUACUUUCCGCUCUUCGCUCGGUUCGACAACCUGGUGAGUUCACCCGUCCUCAGCCCCCUUGUUUACACCGAGGGUCCCCGUCGAAGUGACGGCACUGGCACCAUCUUCUACUGGUCAUUCCUCUCCGGUUGCACUGCCAGUACAAUCGCUGCGUUUCUCGUCACGCCAAUGGACGUUGUCAAAACCCGACUUCAGACUCUGUCCCACUUGAAGGGGGAAACUCAGUUCACCGGAAUUUUUGACUGCUUCCUGAAAACAUUUCAACGUGAAGGCGUCAGGGCGCUGUUCAAAGGGGCAGGCUGCCGUGUCAUGGUGAUGGCGCCUCUUUUCGGCAUCGCCCAGACCGUCUACUACCUGGGCGUGGCGGAGUUCCUGUUGAGUCGAAGCUUGUCCAGACCCGUCUUGACCACCAACUCGAGUCAUUAG